GGCUUGAGGGCUUGAGUAUAUUGGAGCUCAGCAUCUUAUCGAGCGGCCGUGGCAGCUCGGGAUUUUUGCAUUUCUGUGUCGAGCUGACCACCUGUGCCGAGACUACCGCGCGGCGGCGCAGCAAUUGUUCGUCUUAUUUUGGGGUUCUCUGAGGUUUCUAGCGAUCUUGGUUCACAAACACCAUAAUGCUUCUCAUUUUUCGGCUUCAUAAGGGUUGGAAUGAUGGUAAAAACACUGUUUCAUGAAUAGGGAUUUGUGCAAGUGUUUUGAACGUGAGGUUUUAUGAAUCUUCAGGCAGCAGCUUUCUCUGGGAUGUUAUUUGUCCCGGCUCGGGGGGGGUGGUCCUGUGGUGGGUUUGGCUCCACCAUAAAAGUCCAUAGUACAACAACAAUUGAGUGGACUGGACCCUUUUUUUUCUGCUCUAUUAACCGGGUGUAUUAGUCGAUUCUAUCAUAUAGAUCAAAUUAUUUCAUCUUUCCAGCAAGUUUGUUGAUCUUCGUGGACAUAUAGAAAUAGUCGGAUUCUGGAGAUCGAGGUCAUGCCAAGGAUUGUAUCACAUCUUAUGCCUCGAUUGGGAGGGAAGAGGCUGGGGAAGAGGCAAGCAGCAACAGCAGCUACCCGGCCUGAAAUUCUCAACGGCCCUGGCCUCGGCCUGCUUGUUGCUGCGAGCAAUCAACGAGGGUGGAUAAUAAAACGAAAAGCCCGGUUCAGUCAUCAAACGGCUGAGGGUAGAGACAUUGUGAAACUAAGCCGGAUGAGAGUGCAGGUGGCUUUGGCAAUAAAACGUUGA